AGAGUUUGCCGGUGAUCAUAACUUCCGGGUUGUCUCCAGGCAGUCACAAUAUCCUGCAUUUGAAUUUGAAACUUAGUGUUGAUGUGGCUCAUGCUUUUUAUAAUUAAUAAUAAUUAAUAAUAAACAGAAAUAUGACAAAUUAAAUACUAACACAAGAUUUUCCACGAGGUGACGCGUGCUAGUCAGUCUGUGGUGGACCUAGCUAGCUAGCUGGCUAACUAUCUUAGCAUGUUUCCCUCUCAGAAAGUCUGAUAAGUCUUUUUAAAAAAAUAUUUUACCUCACCAUGACCAAUUUGCAAUGUCGGACGUCGGAAACUUUGGAGGUGGCACAAGAAGAAGAUGAGGUAUCCCGACAAAGUGAAGAAUUAGAUGGUGAAAUAGUAGAAAAAGAGGCAGAAGAAAAUCAUGUGAAAGGUGGCAAAGAUGAAGAUUUUAAGCAGACAGAGGACGAGUCAAACAAACAGUCGACAGUCAGAUCGACAAAACGUCCGUCUGCUUUAAGUGCUGUUAAGCAUCUAUUGAAGCUCUCAUUCGGAUGUUUGGCAGCAGUGGCGUGCGGCAUGCUGUAUGCCGCCUACCUGUCAAUGUUCCACGAGAGGAGGUUCUGGUUCUCCACGAGACCGGAACUGGAGCGUGAGCUGACUUUCCAAGGUGGCAGUGGCGUGUAUUAUUACUACUACAAACACAUGCUAGCGGCGACGUCUUUUGACAGAGCGUUCUACGAGCUGGCGACAGAUGACAGGACUCUUGCAGGACAAACUAUUAAUGCCGUGGAGCGGCUGUCCUUGUAUCCUGAACUCAUCACCAGCUAUAUUUACAGAGUCUCCGGUAGCCAGGAUGUGGUGGAGCCCAUCUACUUCUAUGUGGGCUCCGUGUUGGCGCUUCAGGCGGUGUACGCCACGGCGCUGUUCACCUGCAGCUGGCUAAUGAGCGGCAGCUUGACUGCCGGCGUUCUUGCGGUAGCCUGGUACAUCGUCAGCAGACCGGACGCCACCAAAGUAGAGGAGGCGGUUCCUCUUCGGGAGAACUGGGCUCUGCCAUAUUACGCUUGUCAGGUGGCAGCUCUCACAGGCUUCCUGUGUGGUAAUAUUGGUUUGGUAGCAGAGAUGUUGUGCUAUCUGACCAUGAGCGCCACCACCUUCACUUUCCUGUUGCUAUGGGAGCACAGCCACUACGUGCUUUUCGUUCAAGCUUUCUGCCUCUUCCUCUUGGACUCCUUGGACCUGGUGCCACCUCGGAAGAUAUCCGACGUCCACAAGGUGUAUGUAAGCUCCUUGCUGCCGGCUUUCUUCUUUCAUUUUAACAAUGCGGCACUGUUGGGAUCACCGCUUCUCAGUCUUCUGAUUGGCUCUGGCCUGGCGAAGUACCUCCAGCAAAAGAUGAAGAAGGGCCCUCUGGUUGCCAGAGUGAUAAAACUCUUGCUGCAUUUCCAUCUGGUCUUCACCACAGCUAUCACCUUCAACUAUUUAAUCAAGAAAGUUGUUCCUGUGGGUGAUGGCGAAUUUAUAUUAAAGUUCCUGGAAGUGAAGUUUGGGCUCAACAUUACAACUGAUUUUGUGAGCAACUUCCUGGUGUGCCAAGAGAGCCUUCAGUCUCCCACUCAGGAUUUGUACCUGCGCCUUACUCAGGCAUCCGUGCUUCCGUUCUACCUGCUGGUGCUUGCUGUCUGCGUUCUGUCGACGCUGCAGGCCGUCUACACCAAACUCAGCGGUGAGUCAACGCAGAGCAGCAAGCGACAACCUAAAGAUGGCAAGGUGGGUGAGCGUCCCGAGGUGGUCUAUCAUGUCUUUCACACGCUGAUCUUCGGCGGACUGACGCUAAUAUUCGACGGGAUGAAGUAUUUAUGGACGCCGUAUGUGUGUGCAUUUGCGGCGUUUGGCGUGUGUUCGCCGGACUUCUGGAUGACUGUCUUUAGGUGGCUCAGGGUUAAGUCAAUCCACCCUGUUGUACAGGUGAGAGGCCCGCCAGACUUAUAUAGCACUGGGGGAAACCAUGAGUUGAAAAAAAUCUAUCAAAAUAUAUAUUUUUUUGUCGCUUCCCUGCAGUCAUUAAUCCUGGGCGUAGCUGUUCCAACAAUCAUCGGCUUCAGCGUGUGGCAGGAGUAUUGCCCUCGUGCCCUUGCCGAGCUGUUCGAGCUUCAGGGGUUCUACGAUCCCGACACAGUCGAGAUGAUUGGAUGGAUCCGGACUCAACUCCCUGCGGCAGCUGUGUUUGCAGGCAGUCCUCAGCUGUUGGGAGCGAUCAAGUUGGGCUCUGGUGCUGCCGUUACUAGUUUGCCACUGCAUUCGGAUGUUGACAUGCUGAGGAGGAGCGAGGAUUCAUACCAGGUAUACUCCAUGCGCUCGGCAGAGGAAGUCUACAAAAUCUUGACUUCCCGCAAGGCCAACUACGUCAUUGUUGAGGAGUCCUUAUGCAAUGAGCUGACCCCGGACCGGGGCUGCCGCAUCAAGGACCUACUGGACGUCGCCAAUGGACAUGUGGUUCGAGACCACGGUGAGACCUACGCUUUCUCCAAACACCGCCGCUUCUGCCAAGAGAUUAAGACCAACCGCUCGCCCUACACCAACUACUUUACCCGUGUCUUCUGGAACCGCUCCUACCACAUCUACAGAGUCAACAGCGUUAUCUCCUUCCAGUACUAACUGAAGGAGGCGGAAGUGUGUGGAAAGUUUGGCAUAAAAGAUAAAAUGGCUCCACCCAUUAAAAUCUGCCAUUUGUCCUAAAACAGUUUUUUACUCCCUGUUUGACUGGCCAUUUCGCAUAAUAUGUUUAUAUAUGCACCUAAAACAAAAUGAUGUUUAUGAGUAAUGGCCAGUCAAAGAUCGAGUUCAUAUUGGGGGUCACCCUGUAGUCUCAGUACCGUAAUUUAUAAAAUGUGCAUUUACUGUUACUGUCUGCUUAAAGUUGGACUCACUGUAAUUUAGUAUAACCUCCUGGAAUAACAAUGAUGUCACCUCAUCGGGCCAUCGAUUUGUUGCUCAUAAGGAGGGUAGCGAAAUUCACAUAAAAUGAAUAUGAAGAUGCUGGUGGCAUCUUUUGCCAAGGGGAAGAUGGACAGCUGAUUGAACAGGACUAAUAUUGUUGCAUUAAUCUAGCAGUGCCUCAAUGAAGCGUAUGUUCUGGCCUGUUGCUAAUAUUAUGCCUUCACAGGUGUUGUCCUGAUGCCUUAUGUGGUGCAGUGCUUGUCCGACCUUCCGGACUGUUCAGAUUAUUAUUUUUUAAAACCCACCAUUUUCUGUUUAUUGUCCCUGGAUAUUUCUGUCUAGUUUUUGUGCAAAUAAACUGACAUUUUUGUAUAAUGUUCUAUGACAAUGAU